GUGCCUACAUCAUUCGAAGUAUCAGCUAAGCCUGACGGUUGUUAUGCAGCUCUUUCUUGGAAGACCCCGACAUACAACAAUUGCCCGAUAACUAGAUACAGCGUUCACUACAAGCCAUCUAACCAGUUGAUAAAGUGGCAAACAACAAAUCUCCUAGCGCCAAACAAGACCAAAUAUCGUCUUAAGCUAAACUGCAGCAGCACGUACGAAAUUAUGGUCUUGGCAUGGAAUGAACGUGGAAGCAGCAUAAAAGAUACCAAACUGCUAGCUGUGACAACAGAAGAAGGUAUUAGAAUUAAGUGUUUAUGAACCCCGGUUGCUUAAAAAGAUUUUGAACACUACAGACCACUCUUUUUAUAUUGUUUAUGUACGGUUUAGUUCCUGUUUCUUAAUUUACUUGGGCUUCACAGGGUCCUCACCCGGGCUGGGCUAUUUAGCUUUAAUGUUCACUGAGGUCGGUUUUGGCCUAGGUUGACGACAUUUACAAGUCAAGAUUGGCUUAGAAUGUUAAUAAUGUAGACUUCCUGGUGGAGUUUUAAGUGAAGCUUUUGCAAUUGAAAUGUUAUGCCCUGGCUUUUUUCCGUAACCUAACUGGCUAUUAGCCUGCGCCGGUUUUAAGUUAUGUUGGGACUGCUGGUUUGGCGAAACCGGCCAGGCCAACCCCGCAACCCCGUUAGAAUAUAGAGCACCUAAUUAACAUACAGCCUGUGACAUGUUCUCUGGAUUUAACAAAGAACCACCAUCACUGGUCAAUCUUGCUUUGUUGGGUACAUAAGUGAAGAUGAACCCAUGGUAUCAGAGAUAAUUCCCAAGCCUUACUGGCUCUAAGCAUAUGUGCUUUUACGGUGUUUUUCCCCCAGUGAUUCAUUUAAAAGAAAAAUGUUAAAAAAAGUCGCAUCUUUUGCUCAUUCAAAAACAACAAAAAAACUUGUAAUAACAUGAAGCAGUUACUGCAGUGGCCGUAGAAUGCGAAAAGAAAAUCAGGACCUCGCUAGGAACCAAUCAUAUUCUUUGAAGCCUGAUGUUUAUUUAAUAAACGGCUAGGAGUAAUCGGAGCUUAGGAGAGUGCGCUCGAUAUGUUUGCUAAGCGUAAAGGUAGCAGUUGAGGGGGAAGGGCGGAUGCUUCUUGCGAUAGAUAACUAUGAUUAUGGCAUUUUUUUUAAGGGUGGCGUACAGCGAAACCUCUAUUUAAACUGUGUAUCAUUAUGGAAAAGUUUUGAAGGCUAGUGAUCAGCGUGAUAUCAUAUGGUUCGUCUCAAGUGCUUGUUAUUUGGGGAGACACUCGCCAGCGUGCGUCGGGCGUGUAAAAAGAACUUUUUGUCUUACUGGUGCUUUUUCUUUUGUUGAAAAACAUUUCUUUGGAUAUUUUUCUUCGUUAUUUUUAAGAGCAUCCAAUCAACAAAAUUGAAGCUUUCACAUCUGACUUCAAAUUUUGCACUAACCCUCCUUGCCUGGGUUAUCUUAACCCAGCUUUGGACAACCCGGCCCAGGUUCUGUUAAAAAGCAAACAGUUGACAAAGUGUUAAAUGUAACCAUUAAUUUUGUUUAUUGGGAAUUCCACUCGUAGACAAUUACUGAAAUUUACUGUAGAAUUAAACCGUUACUGGCAAGUCGCCUUAACUUCUGAUGAUAUUAAAGAUCGACCCAAAGCCACAAAGCUCACGUCAAUAACUUUUCCAGUAAUUUGGUCGAGUGCCUGACUUCAGUGGUUUGAGUGGCGCUACUGUGGGCCAGUGUCGAAAAUAUCAAUGUCCAGUGCCGAAAAUAUCACGAGUCAUGUUGAAAUGGCGCCGCCGAGCUUCUCAUCUCGGUAGAUUUACUUUGUGGCACUACGGCCGCCUAGCUACACAACUCAGUAGAUUUACUUUGUGGCACCACAGACGCCGAGCUUCACAACUCGCCAGUAAAUUUACAACGGACGCCGAGCUAAACAAGCCGGUUUGAUGCAUGCACCAGGAGUUGCACGCAUUUUCCAAAGUAAAAUGUGAAGGCUUAAUCCAAAGUAAAAUUUUACUCAGGGUAUAAACUUUCAGCAAAGGUUUGAAAGAUAAACAAUUUGGAAGAUUCAUUUAACACAGAUCGAUAGUAGACUUUCAGCAAAUUCUUAAAUAUGUACGCUUUACGAAGACUCAGCACACUUUUAAAAGAUGAACGCUUUACGAAGACAGCAUAGCAGACCUCAGCAAACGUUUGAAAGAUGAACCCCGAGGACACACGAAUAAGCAGGCGGGUUAGCGAGUCAAAGUGAGGCAAAACGUAAGCAAGCGCCUCAAAGCGAGACAAAUGUGUGUUGACACAAAUGCAAUCUCAAAUUUUAAAAAAAAAUCCCUUAUUAAUUGCACAGGACACCCAAUAAUGCACAACAACACCCAACAGAAAUUAGGGGUUGCGUUCUCGUACCUCGAACGCAAAAAGACGGACAAUGUGUCUGUAAGCUUAUCACACACCUAUGGCACGUGUCAUUGAUUUUUCGAUAUAAAACAUACUAUCUUUUUUGUUGUAGGCGUUCCAUUCAGGCUGGAAACUCCUGGCGUCAAAAAGAGACCGUGUGGAGUAUUUGAAGUCACUUGGAAUCCACCAUCCAGUGACUCUGGUGGCGGUCCUCUCACUGGCUAUCAGGUCCAGUUACAUACGUCAGGAGGGGGAAAUGGUGGCUUGCGCAACUGCACAGCCUUGUUUUCAAAUCACAGCUGUUUGUUCACAGACCUGCGGAGUGAGACAGAGUAUCAAAUUCGAGUCCGAGCUUUUAAUAAGAAAGGCCCGGGCCAAUGGGCACACACUUCCAAAAAAAUGGAUUUGAUUGGUAAGUCUUUCAUCUUAACACUUGUAUUACACUUGCAUUACAUAUAGAAAGGUUGUGGUACUUAAUCAAAUGGUUAUAACUUCUUUAACAGCUCCCAUUUAUAUUUAUUUAUGCGAAGUCAUUCCUCCCCAAAAGUUCCUCUCUUCUUUUCACAAUAGUUGCAUUCCUUUUUCAUGAAAUUAAGUGUCAUGUUGACCUUUGAGCGUGUUCAUUUAUAUGUUUACUCCUUUACUUUACCUUUUAUACCAGUUAAUUGAUUUGUCUUCACUGACAAACAUCCUUUUGUUUUGUGGAGAUUAUUUACUAAUUCAUUAGUUUAUUGUAGGACCUCCCGAUGUUUCCGAAAUAAUAAACAAUGAAACGGAAAUCCCUGGAAUAACACCUAAUGUCACAGUGCAGUGGACACGCCCAAACGAGACAUACUGCAACAUCACCAUGUAUUCAUUGCGCUACAGAGCAGUUCAACCAGCCACCGAGAAAAUAACGGAAAUAAAUAUCACUAACGCCAGUUUAACAAGUUUCGAGCUUCAUUUCCAACACAGCAAGAAGUAUGAAGUAACUGUCUUUGCUUGGAAUAAGCUGGGACGCAGUGAAGCAAGCAGAGCAUGGGAAGUGAGAACAGCACAAUGUAAACAUACUUUUUUUGGUUGAAUAAAUAAUAUAGAGGACAAUAUUUGGAUUGCUUCUUGGACGUUUGUGUUUAAUGGUGUGCGGCCGCCCUGCUUUCAAAGAUCGAUGAGCUUACCUGCUUCGAAAUCGGAAUAUUUUUUACCUCAUUUUUCUGACAAACAAGCGAAUUCUUAUUCCUAGUCCUAGAUUUUUAGCCUUUUAAAGCAUUUUGAAAAUGUAAUUAGUCCUUUUAACAAAAAGCUUGUGAUGUUCCUCAAAAGGCCUAGGUUUCACUGCAAUUUCACAUGGGUCAAUGGCACUCAGAAAACCUAGAAAAGGAACUAUUGUACUCCAUUUAAGGUUCAUAGCAUAAUUUAACGUUACCCUGCUUUACUUUAACUCGUAUCCAUGACAACCGGGCCAUGCACUUAUGUCCUGGUUUGCAUGCAGCAGCAAAAAUUGCGAUUUUUCAUUUUUCGCGAAAAAUCGCAUGUCUAGCUUUUGCUGGCCACCCUUCUACCUUCUUUACCACUUGACUUUAGUAAUUUUAGAGUGCAAACUUGGACAUAGGGCCAUGAAUAUCUACUAAAUAAUUAACAGUGAUUAAGUAAUAAUAAUAAUUAAUUAAGUAGUAAUAAUUAAGAGUGAAUUAUGAUGAAUAUAAGGGAAAAAAAAUUCUAGGGUGAGGGUCAGUAGCCAUAAACUGAGGAUGGACAAAUUGGUAGCAGAAAAUUUUAAUACUUUCCACAUAGUUUCUCUUACCGUAAACGUCUAAAUAAUUACAUGUAAUUUGCUCAGCUAGGAGCGUAGAUGUGUUUCUUGAAGGUAUAUUUGAGGUAUUAGCAGAUCUCCACAAUCAACGUUCGCUUCUCUGCUGUUGUUAUGCAAGGUUUUUGUUGUUCUUGUUGUUUUGUUUUGAAUAAAACCACUUUCACUUUUGAUAGAUGUUCCAUAUCCCGUUACGCAUUUGGAUUUUACAGCAGGCUGUAGCUCUAUCAACUUCACCUGGAAUGCACCAUCACGUGACGCCGAUGGAGGAAUAGUGACUGGAUACCUUGCACAGAUAAAAGCAACCACUUCUGAAGAACUGCCAUGGUUUAACUGGACCACGAAUAACCUUUCUCACUCAACUCAGUCAUUUCUAUUUAACCAACUUAAGCCAAAUAGCGAGUACCAUGUAAGAAUAAUAGCACAAAACAAAAUGGGUUAUGGUUGGCCUUCUGAGAUGUCAAAGGUAUCAACGACUGAAGCAGGUGAUUUUAUAGUGAUUUACAGUGGCUUAGCCUGAAAUUAGGAUUUAAUAAUAUAUAGAUUUAGCCUGGUCUAAAAGCGAAGCUCCCGUUAAUAAAUUCAUAAUUUAAAUCAAACAAUAAACUUGUAAUCCACUGAUCAGUGCACAUUCAUAUAGCUUUUGAGGCAAAGGCUAAGUGAUUUUAGAGAAAAAUAAUUUGACAGUCCAAGAGUGAAACAAAUUUUACAUCGAGUUAAUAGUCUUAUUUAUACACCCAAAAAUGACAAUCAUGUUCGAUCACAGUAGAUUAGGCCUGGAAAACCAAUAGACCUAUUCCUGUAUUGUAUUUGCAUUACCUGUUGCAUGAUAAGGUGGCAUUCACCAGUCUCUGCAACAUUGUUCCGUUUGAGAGACUAUGGAUAAUUGGACAACCCCAAAAUAUAAUUUUAAGAAACACACGCGCCACGAAAGUCAUUGGUGGCAGCCAAUUUACACGUUGCAUUCCUCUGUCUAAAAGGAGGCCAAAAUAAAAAAUAGGCCGGAUUUUUUGUGUUCGACAAGUUCACUUUACAAGUAUAUCUUGGCAACGAAUCUGGUAGCUUGUGAACCAGCCUUUUAAACAUACUUUUUCUUAUCACGUCUCAGGUAAAUAGUACUAUGAGGCCCUUUUUUUUAUCAUACAGACCUCGGACAGAAUUUGUUCUUUUUUGCCCUAUUUAAACUUAUAAUUCUGCAGUUUUUCACAAUUUUACAAGACCAAUUGCACUCAUUCAAUAUCCAGGACGAUCAAAGCACACGCUUCCUUUGCACAACAGAUUAUAGCAUUGACCACAUUAUAAAACGUUUUCAUGAAGAGAAAUCCGUAAUUCCGGGGCUUUUCAGUUAGAAAAAGCUGGUCCUAUGUGAUAUGCAGGGUAAUAAUUGUGGGCUUUUAGUGAAAACGAUAAAAAAAAUUGCCAAAAUCACCCUUUCGGCCAGCCGGACGGGUUCUCACUUUUGACAGGCGCCAAAUUUGCAGUGCGAUUAAUAAGAGUUACCAUUUACGCUUCAACAUGAUAGAGAAUUUGUUAUAUUUAGGUUUUAUUUCCCUUUAUUUUCAAAACUGUUUAUGGUUUUGUUAUGUGUAAUCAUUAGAAGCGAGUGAUAUUUACGCGCGGCGUUUUGAGUAUUCCUGCAUGCGAUGUUUAUGUUCGACUGGAAACAACCGGUGCAGCGAUAAGAAUUGUGAGAGGGACUACUAACAAUCAAUGAAGUAAAUACAAUUCUGUGAAACAUGUACAGAGACAAUAAUUUUCAUUUACGACGACAAGUAUUGAGAGUAAAGUGUCUAUGAAAAUCAUGAGUCAGGUAAGCAUAAGCCUAUUUAUGUUUUGAGCCGGCUUCCCGGUGUUUGCUCUUCUUCAAGAUGAGCUGGAGGCAAGAAAAUCGCUUAGAGCUUUCUGUUUACAGCGAAAAUCAUAACUAAAUAUUCUUCGGAACCGUUUCUUUGAAUUUGCGGUGAAAAAGUGUCUAAAGGCUUUUUGAACCUGAUACUAUUGUAGGUUAGUUCAUUGCUCGUGUAUAAACUUAAGCCGCAUAAACCAUACGCUCGACUUCAGGAAACCGAAAAAAAAACUCAUCAAAGACAAUAAUUGCUCAAGCUUACCACUCGAGAUGAUGCUUCCGAAGGUCUUCAAGUGUUCCACAAUCGCUUAAGACUUUUCAACCCUCUUAUGCCUCAAGCAAGGGCAAGUGAGUAAGCUCAUUUUUGAAAACGAUGCCAUCCGAAAUCGGAUUUCCAAUGACUUUGACAAGCGGUGCAUUUGUCAACAAAAAGCGCAGUAAACAAACCAGCCCUUGAAUUACAGAACAAUCUUGAUAGCAGCUGUAUUUCAUUUUGUACAUCAAGUAGAAAAAGACAGUUUAAAACAUCACAAGAUGACACAUAACUCUGUCAGCUUCAACUAUCAGUAAGCAAGUUUUCAGACGCUGCAUAAAUUUUCCGCAUGAACUCACCUGUCAAAUUUUGACCAAUCAGAACACAAAAAAUUGGACGCGUGAGCGUGAAUAACGCGUGACAGUGAGAACAGUCAAAUGCGAUUGCCUUCCCUGCAAGUAAUAGCCGGUUGAAUUUUCGCGUCCGAGGUCAGUUCGAAAUCAAAGUGCGGCUCAUGAACACGACUUAUUUCAUAUGCAUUUUAAAAAAAUUGAACUUGAGCCUGCGAUCAUUUGAAAAGUAGCAACUUGUCAGCGGAUAACUUCAAAAACUCUCGAACUCAGUGGGUCGAUACCUGAGCCCGCGAUACGGUCAGGCGAUACUGAUCAGCAGAAACACUAUUUUGACAGUUGUCAAUUAAUCAAAACAUGCAUGUACAAUAUCAGGUUGCAGGCUCCCAAACUAGCUAAAAAGUGUGAAAUUAAACAUUGGUAUGCCUGUGGUGCUGACGGACGGAAGGUCGGGUGGUCGGUGUACUGUCACGUUAUUGCCGAAUUUUCUAGGAUGAAUAGAUUUCUAAGCUAUGGGGCUUCGAAUUGAGCCCGUAAUCAAAUAAAAUAUCAGCGGAAAACUACAAAAACUACGUGACCUCAAUGGAUAGAAAAAUGAGCCCGCGAUACAGUCAGGAGAUGAUGGUCAGCGUAUACUCUAGUUUGACACCUGUCAAUUAACCAUCAUUAGAAUGGCGAAUAUUCGAAUUAACAGACUACGAGUGUGAGUGAGACAUAUCCGUCCGGCAUGUAGUGGAAAAUGCCAGAUCGUGUACCUGAGAGAACCUGAUCCCACGUUAUUAGUUUUCUGAUAGUGGUCUGCACAUGUCCCAUUUUUACAGCUGUGAACUGACCUUAAUUUGGCUUGCCAAUAUAACUUUAAACGUUUGUCAGCCGACUGACAGCCCUGCCCGGCGUAGUUUCGUUUUCAUGUUGAAUUGGUAAGUGUGACGUAUUAUAUCAGCUUCUAUGUAGCGGCAAAACGACUGGUCUUUCAGUCUUCGAAAUGGUCAUAUGAUAAUUGUCAGCGGAUGUCUGAUUUUGACAGCUGUCCAUCUUAUCGUACUCAUACGGAUGGCUUACAUAACUGAAAGGCUAGUCAAGUUGUGCAAGAUCUAUUGUGACAUUUGACAUCGGCCUACAUGAAGUGUGUGUACGGGUGGGCGAGCGUACGCUACGUCAUAACCAAAUUUUCUUGAAUGGAUAGUUUACCAAAUUUUGUUACCCAUGGUGCUCCGCUGCGCGCGCUUAGCGCGCGCGACAGCUCCGCUAACAACAAACAACAAGAUACACACAAGCUUUAAGAUGUAGAUUGGAAUCUUAUAUUAUGUAUCUUUAUGCGUUUAUUUAGAACAAAAUAAAGAACUUUGUGUCUCCCCUUUUGCUUUCUUUAGUGUCUGGAAUUUUUUGGUUGGGGUUGUUUCCAGCUUAGAGACUCUCGUAACUAAGUUGUGCUGUCGGUAGGAGGGGUGUUUUAUUGUUAGUGGUGUUAGUAAACCCGCGGAGGAGACAUAAAUGAUAAUACAUGUUUUGCUUCUUAUUGCUAUGCCGUGUUUUAUAGAUGUUCCUAGCACGCCCGUGUUCAACGUUAUACCGAGCGAAAAUGAAAAUGAGUGUGCUGUCUUUGUGCAAUGGCUCCGGGAACCAUCAUCAAGUGACUGCCCCAUACUAUUUCAUACAAUAAGCUACAGACGACAAGGUAAAAGUGGAUGGAAAAGAUUAAACAUUACAGAGGCAAAUACCAAUCGCCAGAAGCUCGAGACAGAAUGUUCUACGGAAUAUGAGUUCCAGCUUGUGGCUUGGAAUGAAGUGGGAUCGAGCCCUUUUACUACUAAGACGUAUACAACGAAAGUAACAGAAUUAAAGACUAAUGAAAGAGGUAUAUAUGAAAAUGGUAGUCACUGUAUAGAGCGUUUUCACAUGACGUCACGGCAACCAUAUUGAUUUUCCAAAACAAAGAUAUGGCAGCCAUGUUGGUGUUCCAACUAAUCUUGCGGGAGUUAAACUGACUUUUCUUUUGUAAACGCUUUUGCUCCAACAAGUUUGCAUAGAUGCUGGCCACGUGUGUAGAAGGCCUAGAUGUAAUAAACGACCCUAAAUGUAAUAACAUUUUGUCCUAAAUGUAAUAACAAUUUGCCCUAAAUGAAACAAAUUCUUGAGAUGCCAAUUACAGUAAUUACUUGAAUAAGGGCCGCCCUCAAUUAAGCGCCGCAUUUGAGAGAGAAAACUUAACAAGCGCCGCGGCGCUAAUUCACGUGGGAUCUCUAGAAAAGAGAUUCAAUUAGCUAAAAUGUUAAGACAAAUACCACUGCACAGGUGAUAACAACGUUUAUAGAAUAACUAAAAUAGUACACGCGCUCUGAUUGGCCGACAGGUGUGUUUGCGCGAGAGUGUGUAAGCAUGGUUGUGGCGUCGAGAUGUUUCGCUCUUCCCACGCUAAUCACGCAAGUUCGAAUUUGAAACAGUUUUUGAGUUGAAAACUCCACAAAUUUACUUUAUUUACCCAUUUUCUCCUGGGCGCACACUUGGAAAAUCUUUACAAACAUACUGUGUCAAUUUUUUCUCGCUUAAGCUGACAUUUUAAGCGAGAAAAACCCUUAUUUUGGAAAGCAUCUUUAUUGCAAAACAAGGACUGAUUACGCGUACAAGCUUCGUGUACAGGACUUCGCGACUGGUAAGAGUUUCUCUUUUAAUCGGUAACCUAAACAAAUAGUUUUCGUCUUUUUCUCGGGAAUUUAUUUUAUAAAAGCAAUAGGAAAAGUACUUUUUUCUUGUGUUUGUAUAGCCUGAUAUAAACACCUGAAGGGUUGGAAGAAUUCUCGACAGUUACGCCAUUAGGCAUUAUUAGUUGUGUUACUUUAUGGUAUUGACUAGUGAGCCGCCCGCACCUAGGCAAGGGGACUCUUUCUUUACCCAGACUCCUUUGCUCUCUGACCGUUGUUCUGGUUGUUACUUUUCUGCCAUUUCGUUCGGAUCGUGGUCUGUUGUUUUUACUUACAUUGUUGACUGGUGUGGUGGCAGCGGUUAAAACGGACACUACAAAUCAUUAGUCAACAGUUUGCCUUGCUAACGAACGAACGGAACCCAACAGUCGGUGAUAGCGUCCGCUGAAUAAACACUGACUGACCUAAUGGCAGCCACUCCGCGUGCACCGAAACAAUGGUGCCUUUCAAAAAAGGAGACAGUAACUUCCUUUGAGAAUUGGCGUCAAAACCUCGUGUAUACCCUCUUAGGCGGAGCUACGUGGGUAAAGAAGACCUAACACAGCCCCCUACGAGGCUUCACCGAUGACGGUUCUUCAGGUACCUGAAGCAAGCCGCCGUACUGUGCUCAACAAAAAGUGAGCAUGCUUGAGUUAAUGCUCGGCCAAAUAGCCAAUUACUGUCCUGUUAUCUCUAGAAACAUCAUCGCCAAGAAUUCAACAUCUAUGGGCUCCAUUUGGUCAGCCAAAUGUCGUGGGGUCCGGGUGCAUGCCCGUUCAGCGAUGGGCAUGCCUGACUCAGAAACUGCCUUGGAGGAACUCAUGUGUCGUGUACUUGGAAACCUUAUCCACGACGGUGUUGUUGUUAAGAUCUCCGACGAUCUAUGCUGCAGAGCCGACUCACCAGCGGAGUUACUGUACCACUGGAAACGAGUGCUCCAGGCCCUCUCCAAGUGCAACCUCCUUAAACUCUCCGCUUCCAAAACUGUCAUCAACCCCAAAUCUACUGUGAUCUUGGGCUGGAUUUGGGAAUACGGCACCCUCCAGGCCUUCCCGAAUGGAAUUGCUCAGCCUGCUCUUUCCGGAAGCCGCUCCAUCUCCCUCCCCCGCCCCGAUGAUGAAUUGUUGAUCAUCACCGACGGUGCUGUUAAAACUCCAGGAAUUGGUGCUACCCUGUACGUAAGCCGUAACAAUAAGCUACAGCUAGCAGGAUUUUUCAGUGCCAGACCCCGCGGUCGCCAAGUCACGAGGCUCCCUUGCAAGAUAGAGGCUUUAUCCAUUGCAGCUGUAACAAACCACUUCAGCCCUUACAUCAUUCAGUCGAAAACAGCAGCUUGUAUCCUCACUGAUAACAAACCUUGUGUACAGCCCUUUGAAAAGCUAUGUCGCGAUGAGUUUUCCUCAAGCCCUCGUGUUGCUACUUUCCUCUCUAUCGUCACUAGAUACCAAGCCUCUGUUCGUCAUGUUUCUGGAGCUGCAAUCUUACCCUCUGACUUUGCUAGUCGCAAUGCUCCCGAGUGACAACCCAACUUGCCAAGUUUGCAGAUUUGUUUAAAGCACUGAGGAUUCUGUGGUUCUCCGCGCGCAAUUACUGUAAUUGGCAAAUUAAGAGUUUAUUACAAUUAGGGCAUACUUUUAUUACACUUAGGACAAAAUGUUAUUACAUUUAGGGCUUUAUUACAUGUAGGGUCGUUUAUUAAAUUUAGGCCUUUUACACACGUGAGCAAAAACGCUUCAUGCAUACAUACAGAAGGUGUUUGAGUAUUCGUCUCACGCAUGAAAUACAGAAUGAUCCUGCUCAAAUUUCUCUCCAUUAUAUUUAAGACACUUAUUGAUCAUCUUCUUAGUGCAGCAACACUAUUGCAUUUUAAAGAUUGAAUUCAACUACUAACGCCUAAAUGCAGUUUAAGCGAAGCUGCAACGUUAUUCUUUACAGAUACGUACUACGAUAGCUUGUUUGGGUUUUCAUGUCCUAUGUACUAAGCACAAUGCAUACCCGCCAGGCUCACGCAGUAGCAUCACGGCAUUCCGUGCUUUAGUUCUUGUUGCCAACACUAUGACACACACAAUGCUCCACAAAAAUAGCUCGCUAGUUUUAGAAAUGUCAAUGAGAAUGACAUUGAUAUUAUUAGUAUCAUUAUUGUUACGAUCGUCAGCCGUGGGCUGGCAAGAUGGACGUUUGAAUCUACAAUCACAGACAAAAGUAGUUGGGAAGGCUGUACAACUUAACAGUAGUCCAUUUUAAUCCUGAAAAAAGAGACUUUUCUCUUUUGCUAAAUAUCCCCCGUCCCCCCUGUUCAAUGUUGGGAUAUAACAGAACAAUUACGCGCACAAACAUUAACGUUUUCAUCAACAUUGGGCCAGGGGCGGGGGAGGAAGGAGAAGAAGAGGUAAAAAAGGCAACCUUCAACAUUUGAUUGAGAUAUCUCGCCCUGGAACUGUGCUGAUAAUGCACUUUCCAAAGUAUAUAAAAAAUACAAUAAAGUUUAUAUUUCAGUAAAAUCAUAAAUAGGAGAAUUUUGCAUCUGAUGUGCGUGACAUUUCACAGCGUGACCACAAAGUGCACUGGGUGAAAACGCUUUCUUUUAAGAACGUCAGAAGAAAACAUUUAAGGCCUUUAAUUUUUCUCAUGAACCAAGAGACGUUUUCUUCGCGUGGACUACAUAGAAAGAAUGGCCACAGGUGGUCUGUUUCACUAGAUUUAACGAAAAGUCAUGAGGGUAUUUUUAAGCAAAAAAUGCUAUACAAUUGCUGUCGUUGUCAUGUAUACAUGUAUCUUUUUCAUCAGCGGCAUUAUUCCUGGGUAACUUUUGCCGUUUCCUAUCAGCGAAAUAUUUUGAAAGAUGUUACAAAUAGAAAUGGCAUAAAGGCUGCCACAAUAAAGUUUUUUUUGCAUUCUGGCGGUGUUAAAGUAUCCUUGGAAAACGUGAUGUUUGUAGUUGCGAGGAAGGAGUGAGAUAAGUGCCGAAUUAAAAUCUUCUAGACUGUAUUUUCGUAAGGCCUGAGAGUUAUACGGAACCUCUAUAAAAGACUUCAUUCAGCCAUGUUCAGUGUUCAAACAGAAAUCAGCUGUGCUAGCGUCGCCUGUCAAUCAUUCAGUUAAUUUGAGAACAGUAAACAACAUGGGUUUCCACAUUACUCCAUCACAUUACUCCACAAGAAAAUGCGAAAUAUAUGCACAAUGAACCAACUUUCAAACAAGAAAAAGAUAAAAACAUGUAAAUCAUGCAAGAAUAUGGACAGCUUUUGUUGCAUUUAUCUAAGGAGAUAAAUUUAACAACUGUUUCCCAACAUUACUCCAUUUAAAUAGUGCCCCAUAAAGGUCAAUUAGCAAAGUUAGUUUAAUUUUAACGCUAUCCAUGGGGUACUGUUGUACUUUACUUAGAAUUAAGCUAAAAUAUCGAUUAAAAUUCGUUUGGUUAAGUCCUUGCAAAGCCCCGAACAAGUCAAUUAGGCUAUUUUGUCGUUAGCGCUACUAUAAAGGAAUUAUUUUCGGCUACGAAAAUGGAGUAAUGUGGUGUGUGAUGACUUUGCAUGUGUUACUCUUUUUAAUUAGAUGAACGAAGACAAUAGACGCUUUAUUCUAAAUCAAGAGCGUACUUUGUUGUCGUUUUCUGAAACCAGUUUCGAAAAGCAGUGCCACAAGGGCUUAACUAGAGUUAUUCAGCCGGAGAAAGUAGCCUCUAGAAUUGGGCAAAUCUCCACUCAGCCUCAUAGUUUGCUCUCCUGGCAAAUUGGCAUGUGCUGAAUGUUGUAAAGAAUGGGGCAACUGCUAAGGAAAAUGUCAGCUACACUGUCGCCAUCCGAAUGAUUUUUGCGGGAAGUUGUGAACGCACUAUAUCUUGCUUUAAGAUUUGGAGCAUAUCAGCCUAUGCUACAGUCAAUAGUUUUCACCGAAAAUAGUCUUACAUUUGUAUUUUGGCCCUCUUCCUGUGCCCCGGAAAGAGCAAUAGUUGUACUUACCGGGUUGCAAAACAUGCCGAAUAUAAACAGGCGUGUGCGCCAAAAACUGUCUUAACAAGGUACGGCAAAUAUUUUUUUUCAACAGACUACUGUUUACGAGUGUUUUUUGAAGACGUUUCUACUGACAAAAAGUCGUCGAGUUUUGACCUUUCACGGCCACACCCAGAAUUUUCAGGACAGACAAAAGUAGUUGGGAAGGCUGUACAACUUAACAGUAGUCCAUUUUAAUCCUGAAAAAAGAGACUUUUCUCUUUUGCUAAAUAUCCCCCGUCCCCCCUGUUCAAUGUUGGGAUAUAAAAGAACAAUUACGCGCACAAACAUUAACGUUUUCAUCAACAUUGGGCCAGGGGCGGGGGGAGGAAGGAGAAGAAGAGGUAAAAAAGGCAACCUUCCCAACACUUUUGACAAUGAUUGUAGCUCCGCCGUCGUACUUCAUAUUCUACAGCAUUGUCACUUUCGGAAGAAACAAUAUGAAGUUUUCUUGUAUUUUAUUUAUUUAUCUAUUCAUUUUUAUUCAUUUAGACACUUUGACUAAUGCGUAUACAGUUUCUUGUCUUUCAAAAAUUGCUGUCACCGCCCACCACGGUUAGCAUAUGCUAUUUGCGGGCCGUGACAAUCGUGUAAGGUUAAUUAAUUAAAGUUAUCUUCAAUAUGUUAAUUCCAAUUUCUAAACCGCUCAGACGUGAUAAUAAAUUAAUAAUAUUGUUGUGUUAUUAUUAUCAUUAUUGUUAUUAUUAUUAUUAUUAUUAACAAUAACAAUAACAAUGAUUAUAAUAAUAUUACUAAUCCUACUACUACUACUGUGUGGGCUACUACUUCUACUACUACUACUACUACUACUACUACUACUACUACUACUACUACUAAUAAUAAUAAUAAUUAUUAUACAAUAAGUAAAGAGAUUUUAUGGGGGAGAGGAAUAUACAAUACGACAAUUGAACAUCAAACAUCACGAAUUAGAAACGUCCCGCAUAACAGCCAAUGAAGACACUGAAAGUGGAAAAUUGUUAUAUUUAAAGUUACAGGUAUUUCUCUGGAAUUUAUUCUCAUUUAUACCUUCGCUGGUUUACUUACAAUCCUGGGAGCUAUACUGCUGGUGGUGUGCAUCAAUUCUUACAGAAAGAGAGGAAACCGCUCGACUAAGAGGUGUGUAAAAUCUGCUUUAAACAUUCCUCUUUUUCUUCAUUUAAAAAUAUGCAAUAUACACCAAUCACAUCGUUAUGCGUGCGUCCACAUAAGCCUUCUCAUCUAUUUGGGCGUGUUGGGCCUUAUAAUUUAUAUAGGGAUAUUUCUUUGGUAUUGUAUAUAACUGUAGCGGAGCUGCGAGGUGAAACUACGCAUCUGAAGACAAUGGGUGAGGAAAUCUGUUGACCCAACGAGGCUUAAAUUUUGUCAGAUCCAAUUUUUCUAUCUGCCGAUUUUAUUGGGUGUUCUAGUUCUUGAAAUAAUCCAUUUCUUAAAAACAUUAUAGGACUGCAAAGGACAUCCAAGUUUUGGUCGGUUGUGAAAUUCCUCCAGUCAGAACAGAAUUUCUUGAAUUGUUGGGUGAAGGAGCAUUUGGAAAAGUUCACAAAGCGACACUAAUGGACGGUAUGGCCUACUUUGAAGACGAGCGAGACUGGGCUUGCAAGCCAAGAAAGCAGAGAAUUGUUGCAGUCAAAGAGCUUUUUGGUGAGUUCACGUGUAGCAACUUAAGCUUUUUGCUUCUUGUUGCAAAGUGACGUCCAGCAUCUGUUAACCAAAGCCUCGUUUCACUGAAAUAAAGGCGGUUCACGUGCCUAGUGGGGUGGUAUUUACCGAGCCGCGUUAAAAUGUACUCAAACAUUGAGAUAUUUGAGAGCAAAAAUGAUGAUUUUUUUGAUCAUUUAUUACUGCCAACUACAAUUUUGGCGCGUCAGUGACCUUGCGGUCACGUUUUCUCACCGACAAAUAAAGACUUUUAAAGGCGUUUGUUUUGCCCUUGCGAGUAAAUUUCUUAAUGGAAAGGGAGUUGUAAAUUCUUUCUGUAUUUGAAACUUUUCUGUAAAAAAAUAAUUACGUUUUAUGAUUAUUUGUGAUGUCAGCUGUGUAAACUGACCGCAAGAUAUAAUAUUCAUUAGUAAACAAAAAACUUUUUUGCCGGUUUCAUCGAUAAAUAUUCAGACAAACUUUACCUGGAAAAACUGCCAAACUGAAUUUCGUCGCCUUCUUCGUGUUGUCGGGAAUAGCUUCUUCGUUUAUUUGUAAAAAUUGUUACGGUAGCCUGAAUAAACCAGGAGUUAAGCGAGUCUAGUGUCACUCGUUGCUCGGAGACUCGGAGGUGAGUCAGUGAAUAGCACUGAAUCUUCUGAAGUUUUUUUUUCCUUUUUAUAAAAAAAAAUAUUUAUUGCAAUAUCUGCUCUAAGAGCCUUAAGGGCUCAUCUAGAGAGCGUACGCUGUUUACAUUUGAAUAUUUUAAAAAUACAGAUGCACGUAAAGAUCGAACACACACAGAGAGCUCCAAAACAAACGCCCGAUCAAGACGUCCACCAGUUUUAAGUAGCUUUUAGCUGAGUUUGAGUAGCCAAUCAGAGCCCGGCCACUGUUUUUGCUGCCCUCACAGGGAGGUUACCUAUUUUUUUUCUUGAAAGCGUCAGAGAACUUGAUUUGUCGGGAAGUUUUGUUCACUGUUUGUUAGCAGUUUCCAUACCGACCAGUCCCGGCGGUGUUUGUUUUAAAAAUAUGCGGAUGAUAUAUUAUUGACAUGUAUUAAUGCUUGUUGAUUAUUGAUUAAAAUUUUUGUGCGUUAUAGCUCAUUACGUUCUGUAUUUGUUAUUAUUUGAAACUAUUUCAAUUAAAGAAUAGGCAUGAAGAUAAUGCUGAAGAUAUAAGACAAGCUUCAAAAUACAAUAGAAUUCAAUUUCAAGGUGGUCCAUGUUAUAUUUUAUAAAAUCAUUAAUUUACUCUCUCCCUUUUUAAUCUUACAAUCUUGAAGACGAUGUGAUAUCCACAACUGAGAUAAAAUAGAUUAUUUACUACCGGUUCAAGCCCUUGCUCUUUCUUCAUGGGACAACGCUUCACUUCCAAUAUGGAAUGUCUAGUCGUAUAUACUAAAAGUGGAUAUGUGCAACAGUAGAAAUCAGUAAGGACUCACUAUCCGAGAGAUCCAGGGACGAUCGAGACUUGCAUGUUGUUAUGUUUGCCCCAACGAGUAUUUCACUUUGAUGGAAGCCGCAGAUACGGUGAUCGAUGAUUUGUUUUUCUUUUUUGUACCCACCUAUCCUUUUUGUCCCCAGAAAAUGCUAACGAAGAAGAUAAAAAGGAAUUUAUGGAUGAAAUAGAGCUCAUGAAGAAGGUUGGGAAGCACCAAAAUGUUCUGAGUUUCUUUGGGUGUUGGACCACAACUAAACCAAUUCUACUCAUGGUAGAGUAUAUCGCUCAUGGAGAUUUGCUUCACUGGCUUCGACAUAAAAGAGCUCAGGUAUCAAAAAUAAUUACCAACUGAUAAUGAAUGCCUCUGUUCAUUUUUAGGAUCACACGGAAAUGUGGUUAAUAUCGAAAGGGAAAAAACGUUCGCCUCAUGGUUUCCUUUUUGAUGUUCUUACCACAUUUUUUUGUCUUCAGAGAUUUGUAAUUGAAGACGCGCAGCAAGGCAGAAUCUAGUGUUUGAUUUGGGCAAUAAUUAACGGAAGAAAAAUAUACACUUUACGAUCGGCAGUGCUUAUAACUUGCAACUGUUGACUGUUGACUAAGAAACAAUUGGCAAUUCUCUAAGAAAAUGCGCGAAUACUAUGCCAUACUGUAAGUUCAUUUACGUUAUUAGUUUUUUUUUUUAGUUUUUACAAGCUUUUCUGGACAUGGGCCUGCCCAGAGGGAAUAGGCACGAAUGGGACUCAUAGGUCCCAUGCAAGGUGCCAUCCCUACCCAAUCCCACAACCCGUUAAGGUUGGCCACACCACUGGGGUCUACGUCCCCUACUCUUUUCGAACAGUAGUGCGGGUUUUUUUACGUCCCACAAGAACAGAUCAGUGAAAGUGCUGUGAGACAGGACCUACGGUUUUUUGUCCUUAUCCGAGAAGACUAGAAAGUCUAACCAUUUGCAGAUGUCAUUACAAAGGCAGCACUUUCUUCUCAGUUAUUUAAAGACCCCAAGUGUUGGUCCGGCCUGGGUUUGAACCCGCGACCUCCCGCUCAGCAGACCGGCGCUCUCCCAACUGAGCUAACCAAGUGGCGGUUAACUCUUAUUUCCUCGAAGCAAUAACUUUUCUUGGAUUUCAUUUUAUAUAGAUUACAAUAUAAUUCAUUUUCUUAUACUCCCGCAGAUCACGUGCAUGAGCAUACGUAUCUCCAUUAAAACAAAAUGUACCUACCAAUUUAGUAAUAUUCGCAUGCGUGAUAGAGUAAAUAACAGAAUGUGAUCACUGAGCGAGAAAAGCACGUGAUUAGAACUUUGCAGAGUGGCUUGUCGUUUGAGUAGGAGCACCUCGCAGCUCACGCCAGGUUUACCAUCUUAAUCUCAUAUUAAUGAGCGUCGUCGUUCAUUCUCGUCAACCAAUGGUUGAAGCGCUUUCAUAGUGCGUCUAUGUAUGACUGCGCGCAAUAUGACCUUGCAGGUCUACCCACUUUGUGAAACGAGAAGUAAAUGUCCCGAGAACAAUAAGCAUUCGGCGCGAUGAUCUUCUUCAAAAUGAAACGGAACCUGAAGUUAAAAGGGAAAAGAAAGAAAGAAAGAAAGAAAAAUUAACAUUAAUAGUUCGGGCAAAAGGAAAGUGAAUUGGACUCCACAAUAUUAAGGGAUCUAUUACGUUGUAAGAGAGAAGCGCAGGUGCAGAUGAAAUAGAACAAACAGACACGAGGGCUUCCGAAUGUUAUGUCUCGGAAAUGGAACGAGAUGGGCUAUGAACAUCUGCAGAUGCAAGUUUUUGCACAGAAUCUGUCCGAUAGAGUUGCAAAAGCAGAAAGAGUCUCUAAAACUCUGAGAGAUCACAUGAAGGAACAACAUAUGCUGUCUGAAAUUGCAGAAAACAGCAAUCCUAUUCAAGAAAGUGGAAUCUGGGAAUGGUGUGGAGUGAGAGACCAACUCAUGGAGAUGAAAACCUUAAUUCAAUCAAAGAGUUGUAAUACACUUUAGAGCAACCUUUAAAUUUACUGCUAACCGUUCAAUGUAACAGUAUCAGAGAAUCAAAAUAAGUAAUGACAAGUGUCACAUAUAAAAAAAAAAACACUACUUUUGUCCGAAGCAUCGAGAGGAUUAAAAACUUUCUACCUCGAUGAAACGACGUAUUUUUCCACACAAUCUGGUGUAACGUUUUGGCUGGAUAUCUUUCCUUUAACGGUUUGGCAACUUCUUGGAUAAACUUUGUCAGCCAGUAAUGAAGCUAGUUUCGCUAGUAAUGAAGUUAGUUUUUUUUUUGGAUGCUAGUUUCGUAACGAAACUAGCUUCCAAGGACUAAUCUUUGUGCAGAUCAUAAUGUUUAAAGAGAUCACCCGGUUCCAACGUUGCGACUUUAGGAAAUCGAGCUUUUCGCCGAUCAUCAAAAAUUCCAGCCGCCCAUUUGCUUUUUAUAUCGGGUAGACUUAGGUAUAGCACUGCAUGGCCACACACGUUUCUUGUUCUUCUUCGCAAGUUUCGAGACGUCAAAGUCUGUACUCUGCCAUCUGUAUUGCGAAGCAACAUGUUUGCUUGGAAGUCACAAAUUAAAAAGCUAAGUAACAACGUGGCAUUCAGUGCAAAUGAAAUAAUAUCACACACCAGCAAGCGGCACUAACUAAGUACACCGUCUGCCCACAUCUCAAAUAAAAUGUGGUUGAAUUCAGAAAACUUCUUAAAAUGACAAUUUCUACUAAUUUUCUUUGGUGGAAAAUUAAUUUCAAACGCUCGAAAACAAUAAAACCAUGUGAAAUAAUUUCUGGCGUUUGGAAACCUAAUGAAACCCCCGCACUCGUUUUUGAAAUAGUCCUUCAAAAAUCUGUCUCAAAGGAAUAAGCAACUAAAAGCUCGGCGACUUCAGCAGAAUGGGGCAACGCCUACGAAAAUGACUCGGGAUCUGUGUACAAGCUCCUUACCAAAAGCUUGGAUAGACAGAAAAGUCAGGACAUCCCGCAUUUGUCACAGGAUGAACAGUCAAUUGAACAGCAGAAAGAACAGACAUACUAUGAAAAUGUUGAUGAGGUUGUUUCGUAUUGGAGAGGAUUAUGGGAAACUGAAGCUAAAGAGAAUCUUUAUGCAGAUUGGUUUAAAGAGGUCGACGACGGUAUGGGUCAGACAGGAGGAGGAGGUCACACAAAAAGUUGAAGUCUCGGUCGACGAGGUCAUAAGAGCAAUUGAAAUAGUCUAUCACUGAUAGAACCAAUCCAGUUUAAGCGAGGGAUAUACCAAGGAGACACCCUCUUCCCAUUACUCCUUUAUCAUGUCGUGGAAAUUACAAGAGUACAAGUUGUUUAAGCCAGUGGACAGUAGCAUAUCUCACGCCUUUUUCAUUCGCCACCUUAAGCUCUAUUCUAGCUCAGAGGGACAGCAAGGGAUUAAAGUAGCGCUAACGAACCAGAUGAUAGAUGAUAUGGGCUUAUCGAUGGCAGCCAAGAAAACCAAAACCAUUUCAUUGGCUAGGAAAGACGUUGGUCUGCGACGUUGCUCUGCGACCGUCAGAUGACGUGAUGAUUGAAGACCUAGGCAACAGCCUUACUAAAGCUUCUUCGUGUGAAAGAAGCUGAGAGACAAGGAAACAAAUUUGUUCUAAGGACAACUGAAAAAGAAGAUAUCCGACGCGUCAGUGUAAUCUUAGACACGACAUGCCCUACCAGAACAAUGUAAACGCCAUCAGCACAUUUUUCUUGCCGGAACUCACGUUCUUUAUGCCAGUGCUUUACUUCUCUCACAAAGAACUUAGUGAGGUUGAUUUGAAAAUCAAACGUGUCUUAACUGAGAGGGAAGUGAGACAUCCCCAACACCUUAACACCUUGCUCUACACAUCCCGUUCAGUUGGUGGCCGCGGGCUCAAGGAAGUGGCAAACAUCGAUCUACAAAGAAACCAGGAACAAGUCAGCUUUAAGAAUGAAAGAUUCCAAAUUGCAGCCGUUGUGCGAUUCCAAGAAGAUAAGGAGGUAGAAGGGUGAAUAUCAAUGCUUAGAUGCUAAGAAAUGUGCUGUGGACGUGAAUGAGGAUGAACUUAAUGCCAACCGAUGAUCCCAAACUUUCAUUUGAAACAACAGAAGGGAGAACUUACACUGCCUCAGACCUAACAGCGCAAAUAUGAUGCUGGCCAAAAGGAUCUUGGAUGAUGUAAGAGAAAAGUGGAGAUAAAAAAAAAAAGCGUCUGGCGCGCGAACAUUGUGUUUCCACUUAGCCUGCGACCAAGCUCUCUUUUUUUGGGCGAGCGAAGCUAGCUGCACGAGAACGCGCGAACAAGCGCUGAAGCAGCGAGGGGCCGAGGGGCCUUUCUCUCCCCUGCCUCCGGUUUUAGAAUCUCCUCUCGCGUGCCUCUCGCGCGUCUACUUUUCACGAUAUCCCCCAAAUCGAGAGCUUGCUCGCAGGGUAGUCUCAACUCUGUGAUGAAACAGUUGAACUAUCGGAGUGUUUUAAUUGAAGCCCACUUUACACGAUUUGCGCACUGACCGAAAUAUAAUUUUAUCAGCAACUUACUAGAACAAGGGUGCGGGAGGCAAAGAUACCCUACGCGACAGAGGAAAAAUGCAGCAAUGUCACAAGCCAUUUUCCGUUUCGGUUUCUUCUUCAGCGGAUUUUACAGUUUCAGCUUGUCCGGUCGCUUACGCGCCGUUGGACACAUAGUUAAUGCAAUAAGUCCAACGGCGCGUAAGCGACCGGACAAGCAGAAACUGUAAAAUUCCGCUGAAGAAGACAGUAAAGUCGAAACCGGUCCGGAAAAUGGCUUGUUUUGGUUGAGACGGCUGGAUCGGUACUCAACCAUAAGUGCCAUCCUUAAUUUCCAGUGCGAAACCGCAAGAGAGGUUCCGUUACGGGGAAUGAGAAGCAUGCUGAACCUAGACACCUUCUCUUGGCAAGAGAGCCCGUGCAAAUUAUAUAUAUAUAUAUAUAGAGAGAGAGAGAGAGAGAGAGAGAGAGAGAGAGAGAGAGAGAGAGAGAGAGAGAGAGAGAGAGAGAGAGAGAGAGAGAGAGAGAGAGAGAGAGAGAGAGAGAGAGAUACGUAGACUUGAACUAGGUCAAAAACAUUUACUUGCUACUCAGAGUUUCAUGCUUCAUGAGAAGCAAUCAUUAGUUAACUGCCAAAAAGAAACAAUGCAUGGUGUUUUAUAGUGAUUUAGAGUGAUUUUGAAAAAAACGGUAGCGAUUCAUAAUAGGCUGGGUUGCGUAGCAACGGAUAAACAAUUUUCAGUAAACCGCUGAAAAGGAAAAAAUGAAAUACGUCUUACAGGCUUAAAUAAUCACGUUAUUUAGAAGAAAUUUCUUUGCAUGUCUGCAACUUGAUACGAGUUCAUUUCUGUUGUUCAGGGUCGCCAUAUUCGGUCUACAAAUUAUAUAGUACUUCUCCCACAGACAUAAAUUGCACUUCUUGGUUACAUUUGAAUAGGAUCUUGCAUGUCUAAUGAUCCGCCAUCUAAUUUGGUAGUCAGUUUUCUUGUCUUUCAAGCCCCAUACAUACUUGCUUAGCUCAGUGGAAUCUCUAUAACGUUCAUUUCCAAAGGAGCAAGUGUGGUUUUUGUAACGCGAUUUGAAUGAUGUGUCACAAAGACCAAUUUAAGUUUGCUUCGAGUGCGAUGUCGUGAAUUCUGCUUGGUAUAUGAUAUUCGGCUCGUUGCAAUCUCCGUCCAUAGGGCAGGACCUUUUGUCGCGGCAGUUGCAAGUGUUGAUAGUUUGAACUGGUAAGUUUGAUGACCUGCUAAUGACGGCUUUAUUGUGGUUCGAGAUCAUGGCUUUUACGUUGUUCAUGCAGCUAUAGCUAAGUUUGAGAGUGUUCCGGUUGAGAAUUUUGUGCAGAGGAUUUGAUUUCAAUGUUAUAAAUGUUCCUAAUCCGCUCCAAUCUAAUAAUUGUCGAGCACUCUACGAUAAUCCGCAAUGGAAAAACUCAACAUUGGAUACUCCACAAAGAAUAUUCCUCUCCCAUCGCAGAACGACUUCUUGCAGUGCCUAAUUGAAAAAACCGAGCACUUUCUACGAAGAAUGCGCUGGAAAGCGUACUUCUUCCUCAACCCUGAUGUAUCCACCUCCUCCAAAGACACAUACGGCUUCAAGUCUACCAAGAACCCUCCUUCAGUCGACGAGCUAAAGGAAUUUGAAGACGACAUGCUUAAGAUGGUACAAUCGACGAAAUUCAUACAAGUUAACAACCCUUUUCUCAUCAAACUCAAAAACGACACUGAACACAUUAAAAAGAAACCAAGCUACUCAUUGCCGCUGAUAAAACAACGAACUUUUACAAACUAGAACCGUCAAAGUACAACGACCUGCUAGAGCAAAACAUCAAUAAGUCGUACAAAAAGGCCCAUCCUAACACCGUACGAGACAUUCAUACAGAAAACAAAAAAAAUUGCCCCGAAGUUGGGUAUCGAUGACAGAGUAGACACUACUGCUAGCAAGGACGCAUUUAUAACACUGAAGGAACACAAACCGAACUCCGCUAACAAACCGACCUGUAGACUAAUCAACCCUACUAAAUCCGAGAUAGGCAGAAUCAGCAAAGUAACCCGCGACAGAAUCAACAGCAAAAUCACGAGAGCAUCCGACUUUGCCUCAGCCUACGACAACAUCACAAACGACGAACGAAACAUCAUCAUACAUGCCACGAACUCAAUCCUAAUACACAAGCAACAAGCAUGGCAAAAGAAGGGCGACACAAAAUUUGACGUUACAAUGGGCAGCUACGAUGGCGCUGAGACAUGUGAGCUAGUAGGAAGUUUCCUGCUUUCACAAUUACAACACCUUGACGUCAACAUAGGGCUCUACAGAGACGACGGUCUAGCCAUUUCUAAUGGCGCACCGAGAGAAACAGAAAACAUCAAGAAGGAAAUAUGCCGUGUCUUUAACCAAAAUGGACUACGCAUCACAAUUGAAGCCAAUAAACAGAUCAUUAACUUCCUAGACGUCACCUUUAACCUUAACAACAGCACCUACCGGCCCUUCACAAAGCCUAACACCAUGCUACAGUACGUCCAUCGCGAGAGCAACCACCCACCGAUCACCACAAAGAACAUACCCGCCGGCAUCAACAGACGGCUAUCAUCCCUUUCAUCGGACAAAGCAUCAUUCGACCAAGCCACCCCCCCGUACCAAAAAGCACUCGACGAAAGCGGAUACCACUACACUCUACACUACGAACCGACCACAACUGCUAAACGGAGAAACAGACAACGCAACAACAUCCUCUGGUACAACCCCCCAUUCAGCAAAAACGUCAACACCAACAUCGGUCACAGAUUCCUCGCCCUAGUAGACAAACUCUUCCCUAAAGAGAACAAACUCAGAAAAAUCUUCAACCGCAAUACCAUCAAGAUCAGUUACAGUUGCAUGAAUAACACUAAACAAAUUAUCGACAACCACAACAAGCGUAUCCUGAAUGCAUCCAAACACACAGAUAAAUCCACAGAUAACUCUGUUGACAACAAAUCAUAUAACUGCCGACAAAAAAAACUCAUGCCCUCUUAACGGAAAUUGCCUUCAAUCAUCAGUUAUCUACCAAGCAACCGUCAAACGUAACGACAAUAACACUUCUGAAACAUACAUCGAUCGGACUCACAGAAAACGCCUUCAAAACUAGGUACAGAAAUCACACUGCAUCAUUCCGUCACACAAAACACAGGAACUCUACGGAACUCAGUAAACAUAUCUGGUCCCUGAAAGACAACAACAUUGAUUACUCCAUUUGAUAGAAUCGUCUGUCUUGAAAGUAACAAAAGUGAAGUUUUCCUUAUUAAUCUGGAAAAUAAGGCAUUUUAAGAAGCAAUUUUUAGUGUCGGUGUCACCGAUUGCAAAGCCAAUUCCCCAGUUCACCCCAUUUUUAAUUGAAGCUGGUCUCGAAAAAAACAAUCUAAGGCAACACCGCUCAACAAGACCAAGUCCUAAGACCAGCAGUUCAACUGCUUGCUGACUAGGAACAUUAGCAACAGAGUGGGUCAUUGCUUGCAUGCAAACAGCACAAACAAACUGCAUAAGAGUGCAAAAACACAUCAAACUUUAUAACAACCCCAGCCCCCUGGAAUUUAACCAGGCUACCCCAAAUGCAUACCAGACAAUAGCCCCGUGUCUGUGCAACAUUAUGGCACCCAGCCAGACACACCCCCUCUUAAUUUGAGGGAGACAUUGAGCUUUGAAAGACAGGGGUAGCCCCGGUACAAAAACUCAGCGAAUCCGCACUCUAGCACAAAGCAUAGUCUUUACAACAACCCCACCCCCCUGGAAUUUAACCAGGCUACCCCAAAUGCAUACCAGAUUAUAGCUCUGUGUCUGUGCAACAACAUGACAGCCAGCCAGACACAACCCCGCCUUAAUUUGAGGGAGACAUUGAGCUUUGAAAGACAGGGGUAAGCCCAGGUACAAAAACCCAGCGAAUCUGCACUCUAGCACAAAGCAUAGUCUUUACAACAACCCCACCCCCCUGGAAUUUAACCAGGCUACCCCAAAUACAUACCAGAUGAAAGCCCCAUGACUGUUUAAGAACAUGACACUUAGUUUGACGGAAGCCCCCCUUAAAAAAUAUUAGCUGGGCCAAAAUUUUCUGGAAUUUGCACUGAUUUCUGUCACGUCCAGGAAGUUAUUUGGAGCCCAUGGUGGUUAGUGGUUAGUAUCAGGGCUUUAAGCAAAUUAAGUUUUGAAAGAUUGCCUGCAAUGUGCUGGACUUGACUUAAGAUUUCAGGCAACCCGGUUUUCAAAACUCCAGGUAUAUAUAUAUAUAUAUAUAUAUAUAUAUAAAUACUUGUAUUCUGGGUAGAACGUAUUCCGUAGAGCGCUCAAUUCAUUUAAUUGAAGAGCAUUGAUUAUUAAUAAUCACAGGAGUUCAGGCUUCAGGAGUAAUCAUUGAUCGUUUAUUGCGACAGUGCUGUUUCGUAUGGUCCGAAAUUGUAGGACUACACUCAUCAGGCAACUUCAACGAUUGACCGUUAAAAUUAAAAGCUGGCAGUAAAUAUAGGGAUGCGUUAAGAGAUAGUAUCUAGGUAACAGAUGGAUUGUGUCUUAGUUACGUUACUCUAGAGUUCUGAAGUACAUAUCUGUUUCUGUGGGGGCAUGAACUUGCUAGUUCGUGUCGCCUGUUUAGGCUACAAAGCUCUUUUUUACAAAUGAUGAUAAACUUUUCAUAAAGACAAAGAUUACAUUUUUUGCUAAUGUUGCUAUAAGCUUUACAUUUCUUUAAAACUUUCCAUUUUAUCUGGAAAGGUUUGUUAGAGUCUUGUAAAGUCUAAAUAUAUUUUGAUAGUUCCGUUUCAUUUCUUCUGUUUGAGCGUCGAAAGGAGGACUGAUGGUUUCUGUAACGUUCCUUAAAGUUUGUUGCCAGUCCGACGUAAGUUUCAGUUGUCGUCGCUGUAGUUACAGUGGCUUGGUAGAUUACAUUUGAUUGGAGGCAUUUUCCUUCGAGUGGACAAUCUGGUUUCUUUCUGCAAUUGCAGGUGUCAGGUUGUUGCGUUGGUGAGUUGAAAUUUGAAAGAACGUACUUGUUGUGUGACGAGAUGACAGAUUUCAUGUUGGGCAUGCAUGAGUAGCUUAGUUUUAGCGUGUGUCUGUUGAAAAUCUUGUGGAGUGGGUGGUUUUUUGGAAAGCAUUUGUCGACGAUGUGCAGAAAUUUUCUUCCAAGGUUAGUUCUGACGUUUGAGUUGAAAGGAGGGUUGUACCAUGUGAUGUUUCUUGUUCGUUUUCUUUUGUUUUUCGGAGCUUUCUCUUGUGGGGGGUUGUAUGCUAACUUGUGGUCGUAUCCGCUUUCUGUUAGAGCUUUCUGGUAAGGGGCAACAGAUUCGUCAAAUACUUCUUUGCUGGAUGAGAUGCUAGUUAACCUUUUGUUAAUGUUGAGUGGGAUAUUCUUUAGUAGUGCAGGGGGGUGGUUGCUCUGUCGGUGGACAUAGGACAGUUUAUUAUUAGGCUUCAUGAAUGGCUUGUAGCACCCGUUUGUGAGGUUGAAGGUCACAUCAAGAAAGUUGACGACCUUUUUGUUAGCUUCGAUUGUGAUUUUAAGGCCAUUGGAUUUGAACACUUGGCAGACUUCUUGCUUGGUUUUUUUCAAUUUCUUUUGGAGUGGCCUUGCAAAUUGCGAGGCCAUCGUCUCGGUACAGACCAACUUCAUUUUUGAAUUUUGGUGCUAUCAAGGAUAACAUGUAGGCGCCUAUUAACUCGCACGUUUCUGCUCCGUCGUAAGAGCCCAUGGUGACAUCAAACAUGUUGUUUGCGUUCUUCUUGGUCCAUGGAGAAUUUUGGUGGUAAAGGAGUGACUUUUUCGCGUGAGUGAUGAUGUGGCGGUCUUGUUGUGUGAUGGUGGUGAAUCGUGAGGCAUAGUUUAAUGCUUUCAGUAGCAGGUCUUCAGAUAUGGAUGGGUAAAAAUCGCAGACGUCAAAGGUGAUAAAUGCGUGUUUUUCCUUUUCCGGUAUAUCUUUAAACCAUUCUAUGGUUUCUUUGGUGCAUUUCCACAGGUUCACUUUAGUCGCUUGUGUGAUUUCGUGGUUUAUUCGGUCGAGGAUAUUUUUGCUGAUGAUGCCAAUUUCGGAUUUGCAUGGAUUAAUGAGUCUGCAGGUCGGGUUAUUUAUGAAAUCAGGUUUGUGGUCUUUUAGCGUUAUGAAUGAGUCUCUGGGCGCUGAGGCCUCAAUGCGGUCUGCAAGUUCCAGUUUUUCUGCGAUUAUCUUGUCUUUUAAAGUGAUCAUGUCCGGCACCUUUGGGUUUGUCUUCUUGUAUGUUUUCGUGACGUUUUUGUCUACAAGUGCCAUGUAGUCGUUGGGUUCAGUCUUGUAAUAGUUAGUCGUUUUGUCUGCUUUGACGAAGAUGUUCUUCUCUUCCUUUAUUUCCUUUGCGUCUUUGCUGAGCUUUUUCUGAAGAUCGUUAGGGUGGGUGUUGGUUUUGAAUUCGACUCGCUGUAUCAUGUCAAGUAUGCAGUCCUCAAACUCGUUGAGCUCUUUUACGUGUGGUGGAGACCGUUUCGAUUUAAAUCCGUAAGUUUCUUUGGUAGCGUCAUCAGUGUUCUUGUUGAGAAAAAAGAAGGCUUUCCAGCGCAUACGUUGAAUUAAGGAUUCUGUUUUAGCAAUUAGUGUUUGAAGAAACGCAUUUUUACUUGCCAGCGGGAUGUUCUUCAUUGAAUACUCGAAGUCCUUCACUUGGAAAUUCAUUCUUGACAGCGCUCAACUGCAGGGCAGGAGCUAUGUAAAUACUUGUAUUCUGGGUAGAACGUAUUCCGUAGAGCGCUCAAUUCAUUUAAUUGAAGAGCAUUGAUUAUUAAUAAUCACAGGAGUUCAGGCUUCAGGAGUAAUCAUUGAUCGUUUAUUGCGACAGUGCUGUUUCGUAUGGUCCGAAAUUGUAGGACCACACUCAUCAGGCAACUUCAACGAUUGACCGUUAAAAUUAAAAGCUGGCAGUAAAUAUAGGGAUGCGUUAAGAGAUAGUAUCUAGGUAACAGAUGGAUUGUGUCUUAGUUACGUUACUCUAGAGUUCUGAAGUACAUAUCUGUUUCUGUGGGGCAUGAACUUGCUAGUUCGUGUCGCCUGUUUAGGCUACAAAGCUCUUUUUUACAAAUGAUGAUAAACUUUUCAUAAAGACAAAGAUUACAUUUUUUGCUAAUGUUGCUAUAAGCUUUAUAUAUAUAUAUAUAUAUAUAUAUAUAUGUACCACGAUGUCUUGCUUUAUUGAUUCCUUUUUUUUAUGUCGGGUUGAUUAGAUUAGCAGUUCUAUGCUAAAAGUCACACCAAGGGCCGCGGCUAAAGAGACAGAGCUGUAUGCUGGGACACCAACGUGGAACACGAACGUGAUUGGCGAUCAGGUACAUAGCAACUACUUGAAAUAUAACUUAAAUUCUUUCUAUGAACUUCCUAUUUUGAAAUAAGGCUAAUAUUGUUAAAUAUUUAAAAUUUUCUUUUAAUUAACCGAGACAACUCUUUUAUUUAAUGUGUUACAAGAAUUAUAAUUGCAAAGAGAACAUGUGAAUGCUUAUUGAAGCAAACAUAUACCACUUUUUGAACCUUACAAAAAAAGCAAUCUAUUUUUAAAAACUACAGAAAAUAUUCCGAUCGACUAGCUGCUAGCCCCUUAUGGAAAUUGUGAGAUUGUCUGGUUUUUUGAUUGAUAUCAAUCCAUAUAUAAGAAGUUUGUGAGAACUUGAAAUUAAGAUUCUUUUAGGUUUAAAGGUCAUGUUUUAGAACGAAAUGACUCGGAAGUUCACUUUAUAUGCGUAACACCAUUAAAAAACAACCGUUACUUGCCCUUAAACAACCACCUUUCUAUCAUAAGUGAUACUUUAUGACUGAACCAUUCAGGAUGACGUGUCAACUGAAAAGAAAACAGUUACCUUGGGAGUACCAACAGUGAAAAUGUGUUCUGCUUUUGAUGUGAUGGAGCAAACAGGCGGUGGUUUUUAUCGUGAAGAGGAAUGCAAAAUCCCCAAGCUGAUAACUUCGUCAUCAAAUCAGGUACAUUUCAAGGUUUUUCCAUCUUUAAAGGAUCCAGUAAGCCUAACCCUAUUCAAACCAUCCACCAGUCACUUUUUUUUAUUUGGGACUACACUUUUUCUCUGAGAGUUAAGGUCAUGAAAGUUAAUUAAGACGAUUUUGAUUACGUUAGAAACGUUUUAAAAAGCCAGAAGGUAUAAGGCCAAAACUAAUCCAAAUCAAUAGAAAGAUCCUCAAGUAAUAGUGUAAAACACACUGUUCAAAACAAGAACAUUUAAAUAGAUCAAAGGAGCUGACGUUUUAGCCCCUCUAGACUUUCCAUAGAAGGACAUCAAAAACUGAUUGCCAUCAUGUGAAAACGUCAUAUAUUAUCUCAAGCGAAUACAAUUUCGAAAAAAAUCAUGACGUUUAUAUUUAAGCAAUUAAUAGAAAACGUUUUCCGCGCUUGCAUAGCCUGAUAUAAACACGAGAGAGGUUGGGAGAAUUCGAGAAAGUUAUGCAAACCCGAGACGAAGUCGAGGGUUUGCAUAACGGUCGAGAAUUCUUCAAUGCAUACACAGGAAAAAAGUUUUCUACUGCUUUUAUAAAAUAACUCUCCCGAGAAAAAACACAAACCCUUUGUUACGGUCCUGAUUAAAAGAGAAAUUCUUACCAGUCGCAAAGUCUUAUACACGAAGUCUUGCAAGCGUAAUCAGUUCUUGUUUUGCAAAAAGAUGCGUUCCAAAAUUCGGAUUUUUCUCGCUUAAAAUGUCAGCUUAAGCGAAAAAAAAUUGACACACCUUCUUUGUAACUUUCCAAGUUUCAGCCGACGAAGGAAUGGGUAAAUAAAGUAAACUUGUCGAGUUUUGAACUUCAAAACUUUUUCAAAUUUGUGCUUGCGUGAUUAGCGCGAGAAAAGCAAAACAUCUUGACGCCACAACUAUGUUUACAUGCUCUCAUGCAAACACUCCUCUCGACCAAUCAUAGCGCGCGUACUAUCUUAGUUAUUUUAUAAUAGUGAAUAUCAUUACUCAUGCUGCUGUGUUAACCCUAUUCAGACCGGGGAAGAGCUUGCUAAAAAAUGGGUAACUUCAAAACCGUUAGAGCUACAUGUAUGACCACCAAAUCUUGGUGAUUUCUCCUUAAAAUUAUCUGGGAAUAUUUUAAACUCUGAUCACGUGUUCAUCAAUAUUUACGUUACCAUGGCAACAAGUUUUGACAGCCAAUUUUUUGCAAUAAGCCUUUUUCCCGCAGAAAAAGGAUGGAUUUAUUUCCAUUUUUACUUAUUGAAUAAAAGUGUUACAGUUAACUUAGUAAUAUCUUAUCAAAUAUAUCAUAACUAUUUUAAAUCACGCUUUACUUUCUAUUCAGGUAUUUUUCCCUUAGAGGGGAAAAAUUGAUGCAAUUUGCAUUCUGUUAAAAAAUUCAACAAUAUAACGUCAUAAUGACAUCAAAUUCCGUCAAUAUGUCCAUCAAAGUUAUGGCUCUGAGAUGUUGGAAAAAAUGAGUACAUUAUUCUGUGCUAUUUUGGUGCCCGUAUCAUGAGCAGUUUUGAAGUUAUAGAAGGGUGGGAGGGGAGGCGGGGGAAGAGGAGGGGGGAAGGGGCUUUAGACUUGCCACAAGUCGACCUCACGAGAGUUUCUCAGUAAGCGGGCGAGCUUUUUAGGCCGCGAAGCGAGCGACGAAGUUGCGAGAGGUUGAGUUGUCUCGCGUAAAUGAAAUUAAGAGGCAGUCUCCCUAAAAGCGUUUCACUCGAUUUCGGACUCGAAAAAAACUUUUGCCUUGUAUCUUUGUCAUCAAUACUACUAUCCAUCCUAAUAACGAAAUUGCAGUUAGAAUGAGGAAAUUGAUUAUUUUACUGCCAUUCCCAGCGUUUCAUUGCUGGACGACCGUUAGCGGCUAAAAUAUGGAAAUUUUAGAUGCCGUUUUACAGGUUUUUCAACGAUCGUUUAAAAGUACUUCGGGUCAUCAAUUCCUAGACCGUUCGCACUCAUUUGGAAGCAUAAUAUAUAGAUUUAGCCACAGCUAAAAGCGAAGCUCCCAUUGAUAAAUUUAUAACUUAAAUCAAACAAUAAUUCUGUAUUCCACAAAUCCGUUAACUUAAGGGCACAUUCAUGUGACUUUUGAGGGAAAAGCUAAGUGAUUUUGGAGUGAAACAAAUCUUGUAUCGAGUUGACAUAGCCUUAUAUAUACACCCAAAAAAUAGUCUUCGGUCACAUUUAAGAGCAAUAAUGGCUCUUGAUCACAGUAGAUAAGGUGUGGAAAACAAAUCAGACCGAAUUUUUUGCGUUCGACAAGUUUAUACAAAUUCUUGCCAAUAAAUCUGGGUGCGUGCAAACCAAUCUUUUAUUCUUUUUUAUACACCACAUCUGAGGAGAAAGAGUACUAUAAGGCGCUGCUUUUAUCAUACAGACCUCGUACAAAAUGCAGUAUUUCACAAUUUUUGAAGACAAAUUGCAUUCAUUCAAUAUUCAGGACCAUCGAAGCACGCGUGGACUUUUAAUUAGCGAAACCGUUCAAAAAAGUUCCAAAAUCACCUAUACGGCCAGCCGGUUCUAACUUUUGACAAGCGCUAAAUUUGCGAAGAAAUUUUAAAAGAGUUACGCUUCAACGUGAUAAAGAAUUUAUUGAGUCUAUUUUUUAUUAACGGUUUUAUAACGAUGUGUAAUCUUAAAAAGCGUUUGAUACGCUUGGCAUUUUGAGUACUCCUGCAAGCGAUGUUUAUGAACGGCUGAAAACAAACGGGAAAGCGAUGAAAAUUACACUUUUGAGACUACCAAAAAUCAAUAAAGAAAAAUAAUUCGAUAGAACAUUUACAGAGACAACAAUUUUCAUUCACGAAAACAAAUGAGUAUUUAAGUGUGUCUAAGAAUCCUCAAGUCUUUACUAGUAAGCUUAAAGUUUAUGUAUCGGUCAAAUCGAAGCUUCAACAUGCCCCCCCCCCGGGCAACCCCCGGGGCAUUUGACUUUUUUGAAAAUUAUUGUUCAAAUUCCCCGCUACCCGGGCCAAAAUGCCGUUCAAAUGCCCUACACUGGGGUCCAUUCAGGUGAUCAAAUGCCCCCACCCCGGGGACAUUUCACAGGCACAAAAUUGACAGAAGGACGGCGGAAACGCCUUCAGUUGUCGAACAAAAUCUUUAUAAAUAUAACAAAAACUGAGGAACAGUUUUAGUGUAUUUACUACGAACAAACGUCAGCUUUUCUUCGUCAUGCAACAUACAAAGCGUUCUAUAAAAAAGAUCCCAGCUAUUGAGAUUACUACAUCAUGCAUCAUCGCUCACCUUAUUAAGUAACAUACUUGCAGUAGGUCAAAGUAGUUGACCUGAGCUUUUUAUUUUAUUUUAUUUUAUGUUGUUGUAUUGAAUCGCCGGUAUAGGUAUUGUAUUUCAUUGUAAACACAACAAUAAAAUACAUUCAUACAUUCAAAGCCUGAAUCCAAUAUUAAAAAUUUUAAAAUUUAAAUACUUCAAAUACGCCACAAAGCUUGUUUAAGCCCUUUCCUCGUAACCAAUUGGCCACAAAGGCACAAUCUUUUCCACGAAAAUCCUCUAAAACCGCGUCGCCCCAUAGCUCGCUACGCCGAAGAUUUCACAUGAAAUCGAGGGUGCAGUUCAAAUUCCCCACCCCUAAAGCAUGGGGAUCAAAUUCCCCACCCCCUGGAAGACUCUGAUCAUCAAAUUCCCUCCCCCCCGGGACGGAAAAGGUGUCAAAUGCCCGGGGUAUGCCCGGGGGGGGGGGCAUGUUGAAGCUUCGAUUUGACCGAUACAUAAUGUUUUAAGCCGCCGGUUUCCCGGUGUUGGCUGUUUUCAAAGAUGAACUCACGACAAGAAAAUCGCUCAAAGCUUUCUUUCUACAGCCAAAAUUAUAACUAAAUAUUCUUCGGAAAGUUUUUUCUUUCUAUUUACGGUGAAUUAAUAUCGACUAAGGCUUUUUAAACUUCCGUAAGCUUAAGCUUAUAUCAAACCUCAUACGAGGUCAGAUCAGUGUCUCAGUCAAAUCUUAAUACAAACGUGCAUAAACUAGCUUCAUAAACUGCGCCGCUGGACUUCAUGAAAUUAGAUUUAAAUACAAUAAUUACUCAGGCUUACCAUAUUUCGAGAUGCAGCUCCUGAAAGAUAUCAAGUAAGGCAGGAUCGCUUGAGCCUUUGUAAUUAUCGUACGCAUCCAGCAAGGUGAAAAACAAAAACGAUGCCAUCCGAAAUCGGAUUAUCGGCUUUGACAAGCGACGCAUUGUUCAACCAAAAACCCAAAAAACAAACCAGCCAUGAAUAAGAGAACACUCUUGAUAGCAGCUGUAUUUCAUUUUGUGCAUCCAGUGGGAAAAGACAGUUAAAAACAUCACAAGUUGACUCAAAACUCUGUCAGCUUCAGCUGUCAAAGUAUACAACUUUCAAGAUGCUGCAUAAAUUUUACGCAUGAAUUCACCUGUAAAAUUUUAACCAAUCAGAGCAUAAAAAUUGGACGUGGAGCGUGACCAACACGUGACCAUGGUAAGAAAAGGUAUUCCCCGCCUGUAUUUUAAAAAAACUGGCUGAAUUUUUGCGUCUGAGGUCAGGUUGAAAUCAAAAUCGUAAUAGUGCGGGGCGAUACUGACAUAAACACAACACAUUUGUUGUGAACUUAAAAAAAAAGUAAACGUGAGCCUGCGAUCAUUUGAAAACGAGUAAAUUGUCAGCGGAUAACUUCCUUGAUGGGUCGACACCUGAGCCCGCGAUACGGUCAGGUGAUACUGGUCAGCGGAUGCCCUGUUUUAACAGCUGUCAAUUGAUGACAAUAUUGAUGUGCAAUCAGCUUUCUCCUGGGCUCCCAAGCAGCUAGAAAGUGUGAGAGUAAACAUUGGUAUGCCUGUGGUGCGGACGGACGGUCGGUCAGUCGGUCGGUCACGUGAUGACCAAAUUUUCUGGGAUGGGUAGAUUCAUUUACCCAUGGUGCUCCGCUGCGCGCUUCGCGCGCGGAGCUCCGCUAUUACUUCUUCUUACUGUUCCAAUACUAUUUAGGCAUUAUCUUCCUCUAAUCAGUCUUUAUUUCACUAACCCAAUUAAGAAAGCAAAGUGCACGAAUAAAUGCCUUAAAAACAUCACAAAAUUGUCAAAAGUGGCACCUAAACCAGACCUAAAAGCAUGUUUUAGUUAAAGAUUAAGAGCUAUUUUGUCAAGUUAUGAAAUAAAACUUGUUGCACAACGCGAUUCAGAAUUGAAGGAUUCGACUUAAAUUUGCAUAUUGAUGCUGAAUUCGCAUUGUGUGACACCGGCCGCUGUGAUAGUUAAGAAUAUUCUUCAUGAUCCUAGACAUGACAAUUUUUCUGUUUUUUGGUUUUCUUUUUUUACUUUAUCAACAAGAAAAUCGGAAAUAGGUUAAGCUUAGAGAAGAUUAACUUUACUUUUCGACUGUUCUUCGUAUUAAUAGUCUCGGCCGGCCAGCCGUCCUUUGUUCGACUCCCAGUAGUUGGCCCUCUUGGUAGUAGAGUGGGUCGGGAAAAAUACGCAUUACUCCCUACCCCACCCCCUCGCCCUUUUCGUACUCGCAUCUCUCAGAGGUUCGCCCUCAGAGUCUGAACGCCUUGAAGAGGCUAUUCGACAUACUUCAAUCGCGUUCUAAACGAACAUUUUUGUUUUACAGAUAGCAUUAACGAGAACCAUGUUUCUCCUGUCAAGUGACAGGUGGAAGUAUUUACAUUUUGCAGCGAGAAGGUCCUCCACACAUUCACCUUUACACUAUAUAAAUGGGCAGGAGCGAUAUGGGACGAUGGUACACGGUAGUCCUUGAAGAAAAAUUAAGAAAAUAUCAUGGACUGGAGUUCAAAGAAGUAAAAUCAACAACCCGCUAAUCACGUCUACUCCACAACAAGUCUCGUACUUAUAAAUUCUUAUCAAGUAAAUUGUUAUUUUCCCUUAAAAAAAUGAAAUCAUCUGUGAAAUGUACCUUGAAUUAAGUUAGUGUCCGGAUACCUUUAGUAAUUUGAUAUUAAUAUAAAAUUUUAGAUGUAUAAUCUACCGGCCUUCGAUCUAAAAUCUGAUUGUCUAUGUACAGUGCUAGUGCUAAUUGCUAGUAAUGCUGUACGCUAUCAAUUCCGUGAUGGACAGCGGGUGAAGUGACCGAGUAGCCUGAGAGUGUUCGGUUGUAACAUGUUUAUACCACCACUAAAUAAAACCGUUAGCCUGUCAAGUUGUUAAGCUUUGAACGACUAGGGGAUUUAUAUUUGACUAUUUUAGGGAAAUUUGUACCAGAUCUUCGUUUCCUCGCAUGCAAUCUCGCUCGUUGUUUGUUUUUGUUUUUGUAUUUUUUUUUUCAUAAGAUUUUGUGAAGUAUUUCAGUCUUUAUAUUCUUUGUCAUAGCAUCUCGGUAUGCUGAGACAUAAAAGCAAUAAGAUCCUCUCUGAGUGGUUCAACAAAGUUGUCCGCGGUAGGCUGGUGUAUCAAAUGAGCGCCGCACGGGAGUCACAAAAACGAAAUGAUAAACGCGGUGUCGCCUAAUUUAGUAAAUCGAUAUCAAUAUGAAUUAGGAUCCACACAGAGGGUCCAAAGGCGGAUUUUUAAAAAUGUGAUCCUAGAUCCUUCAGCUGUUGUUCAGGUGUAUGUAUUUUUGCAUCAUUAAAGUGUUAGAAUGCAAGCGUCUGUAAGAACAGGGUAAUAACCGCUAUCAAGACGUGAGACGAGAAAAGACGUAAAAACAGUGUAGGGGUCUCGACCUGGAGAAAUGUUCAAGUGCUGGGAAACCUUUGACAAUGCCGGAUUCAGCCUUUGCGUCAGUUCUCACAUUUACUGAUUGUUCGAAUUCAGAGGUUUUUGUCCACGUUGGGCUUCAAUACAAAAUUCUGUCGGUGAAUUUUCCAUGUCAUUUGUCAUGAGUACUCUCAGUAAUAUAAUAUGCCUAAAGGUAAUCACGAUUUUGACAAUUUAACUUCGACUCCACAAGGUUUAGAUAUGCAAAGGAUGCGCUUAUCACUUUCUGUUUCACGCGUGUAUCUUGUGAUAUUCAAAUCCGUCAGCUCAUAAAUGAUCUCAAAUGUGCCAGUGCGUCAGCUGACUGUGUAACUUUAUGCCAUAGUGCAACAGUGAUUAAUACCAGGAUAUUUGACUUAAAGCCACUUCCUAUUUACUUUUCGCCAUAACUUCAUUAUGUUUGGAUCUUCACUUCCCGCAUAUUUCUAAACAAAAAAAAAUAAGUGGACUACUGACUGGUUUAUCAUUGUCUGAACUUGAAAUUAAGAUUACGACAAUACCCAUUGGCCCUUUUGUCGUUAUCUUAUCACAGAUAAAGGAACUAGUGAUAAGGAUAUUAGAGAUGAUUUUACGAUUUUAUACGUACGUGAUCCCAUCCUUGAAAAUAGAUGGUAUACGAUCUUCGCAAUCUCCAGACCAAUUACAUGCCUGUCGUUGGUCCUAAUAUUCCUUUCUUGGUCCUCUAUGCGAAGAACGAGGUGGCCGCCAAAAUCGUCCGAGUUUAUAUGCCGAUAUUUGUGGGUAAUCCGCAAAAGGACUGCCAUAUAAAAAUGAAGGGGCUGCUCGUCGGAAAAUGAAUUCAAACCUCUAAGGGAGGCAAAUGUGGGUGGGGCUCAAGCUUAAACUGGCCCCUAAAGGAGAUUUCUGUGAGGUCAGCGUCACGGCGUGUUUUGUUUUGUUUUGUUUUGUUUUUUGGCAAAUGUCUUUAUGCACAGCCCUAAGCGAUACCUGAAUGAGCAUAUUUAUUAACUUUCCGUCCCAAACAAACGAAGUGAGGCCAAAAUCUGCAAACGACGAGCACCCACGUCACCUUUGUAUGGGAGUCCUCCUGGGGAAGCAGAGCACCAUUUGUUCCACUUGAUUUUUCGUAAGGUUAAUGAUUACUAUCUUUUGGGAGUAUUGGCUCUGCUUCACUUAGUUCAGACUUCCAUGGAUGACAGGUUUCAUGGUGAGAAGUAAUGGUGUCCUGACAUUCGAGUACUUUUAUCAGUUGGGAAAAACCGCGUGAACUUCCACGCUUUAUUAUUUGCGUGCGCCAACUUCUUUAUUAACUGGCUGCGACACAAAAGUAGCCUUGGACUUCGGACCGUCUCUUGGAGGGUGAAACAAAAGCUGACCACUCUUAAUAGGAAGAAACAGUCAGUAAAAGAAAGAAACCUUCUAACUGAAAUUUCAUUAACAAAGGUUUUCAAAUGUGGGCUCCUGAUCAGUGGAAGGUAAAUAAAGGAAAAAUAGUAAUUCGCCGUUCACAGUCCAGUACUAUCGACCCAUGUUAGCAAACACAAGACAGUCUUGGCGUUCUGAAUCCCAUUCCAUGGAUUCAGGAUUCCAGGUGCUGGAUUCCAGUCUUUUCCAGUGGAACUUGGAUUCUAGACUUGUGUCGAAAGCAGAAAGAUUUAAUAAGAUCUAGGAACAUUUAAGAUUGCAAACUUUCUAAGUUUAGGAAAUGAUGUAAUGGUUUAGAACUGGGAACGUGGGGGAUCAUGGGAUUGUGGGGCACGUGUGAGAUUGCAAGAGACAAGUCUGUAGAAAGUUGUUCGACCUUGUUCCUGUUGAUGCAAUUAAAACGAGCUAAUUGGAGUCAGAUAGUUAUGUGAUGUCUUUUGGUGGUAUGUCAGCGUUUACGGAAUCGAACAUGGUGACCCGCGACGUGAUUUGACCGUUUGUUACGGGUGUUGUUUUCCUCGAUUUGCCGCUGUUGCCGAUUGAAAAUGAAGACGAAACAAAUAGACCAGCUGAGGAGAGCUCGUACUGGAUUAAGAGGCUGGAUGACAAGAGAUUUCGACGCUGUUAGAAACAUUAU